AGGGACUUCAGAGAGAGAAGAGAGAAGAAAGAAGAGAGUGAGAGAGUACUUGUCGUUCUGUUCUGAGGACAAGUACUCUCCGAUUGCACAAAAUCAAAAACUUGGCGUCUCAAACGCUUUCCUCAUCCAAAUUACUCUGAAGACUUGUUCUACUAUAGAUUACUACGCUUUCUUCCAUAUAAUCAAUCGAAUGUGACCUCUCCUUCUUCGCCAACUAUUCUCACUACCGUUCUUCUCUAUGCCUCUCUCUCAUUUCCAUCUUCUAGAUUGACAUCAUCUCCUACAGCCUUUUUCAUCGCCAUUAAUCCAAUCAAAAUCACUUUUUUCCAUCUGGGUUUUCUUGUUCUUGUUCUUCUUCCAUUGGCAGUUUGCACACAUAUAUAUAUUUCUUUGUGUGUGUCUCUCUCACAUGGCUACAGCCUCGUGUGUCACAUCUCCGCUGUGCACGUGGCUUGGGCCUGCUUGCAUGUCGGUCACGUGCGGAGGGGACCAAUCCACGUGUCCUUCCAUGUUGGGUUCCUCCUCGUACAUGCACAGCAACAAGCGACUCUUUGGCAGCAAAUGGGGUCGGAGGAAGAAGAGGGUGUUCUUGUCUAAAUGUAGCUCCGAAUUGCAGAGCCAGAGGGACUUGGUUUCCUCUCUCUGUGGAUCCAGCUUUCAGGGCCUCACGACUUCUUGCCGAGCUUUCGAGCCUUGCGAUCAGUACUAUGCCUCCAACGCUUCCUUUUCCUCUCUCUUCGGAUCCGGCAAUGUUCGUGUUCCUUCAAAUCGGAGACACACCCGUUUCAAUCGAGCCGUCCAUUCAGGGGAAGCCAUGGCUGUUGCUGUGCAACCUUCCAAGGAAGUCGCAACAAAAAAGAAACCAGUCACAAAGCAAAGGCGAGUAGUUGUGACAGGGAUGGGUGUGGUGACCCCACUUGGUCAUGAUCCAGAUGUCUUCUACAAUAAUUUGCUUGAGUGUGUCAGUGGCGUAAGUGAGAUAGAGGCUUUUGAUUGUGCCCAAUUUCCAAUGAGAAUUGCUGGAGAGAUCAAGUCUUUUUCAACUGAUGGAUGGGUUGCGCCAAAACUUUCCAAGAGGAUGGACAAAUUUAUGCUUCACAUGCUUUCUGCUGGGAAAAAAGCCUUGGCAGAUGGUGGAAUUACAGAAGAUGUAAUGAAUGAAUUAGAUAAAGUGAGAUGUGGAGUUUUGAUUGGCUCAGCAAUCAGUGGCAUGAAGGUUUUUAAUGAUGCGAUUGAAGCCCUAAGGAUCUCAUACAAGAAGAUGAAUCCUUUUUGCGUACCAUUUGCAACUACAAAUAUGGGUUCUGCCAUGCUUGCAAUGGAUCUGGUCAACUUACUAUUUUUCAACUUUGUGAUACACCUUGAUGGGUUUUGGGCUGGUGUUAUCCUUUGCGUAGAAAAGGCAUUAGCUCAGUCUGGGGUAUCUAGGGAAGAUGUGAAUUACAUAAAUGCACAUGCUACAUCCACACCAGCUGGAGAACUAAAAGAGUAUCAAGCACUUCUUCAAUGUUUUGGCCAGACUCCUGAGUUAAGAGUGAAUUCUACAAAAUCUAUGAUUGGUCACCUAUUAGGAUCAGCUGGUGUGGUGGAAGCUGUUGCAGCGACACAGUUGAGGAUGCAAAUGGAUCAAAGCAUUACUCAUGGGGUCGAGGUGAUCGCACCAAAACGGCAUCUCGUCUUCGCCUACUACCUCACUGGUCAUGGCUUUGGCCACGCCACUCGUGCCGUCGAGGUUGUCCGUCAUCUCAUUCGAGCCGGCCAUGAUGUUCACAUGGUUACAGGCGCUCCUGACUUUGUGUUCACUUCUGAAAUACAAUCACCAAGACUCUUAUUUCGCAAGGUUGUGUUAGACUGUGGAGCAGUUCAAGCAGAUGCUUUGACAGUUGAUCCAGUUGCCUCCUUGGAAAAGUAUUUCCAAAUGUCAGUAUUACCCCGGGCAUCAGUUUUAGCAACCGAAGUUCAGUGGCUGAACUCUAUCAAGGCUGACUUAGUGAUUUCAGAUGUUGUUCCUAUUGCAUGCCGAGCAGCUGCAGAUGCUGGAAUUCGUUCUGUUUGCGUCACCAACUUCAGUUGGGAUUUUAUCUAUGCGGAAUAUGUGAUGAUGGCUGGAUCUCACUAUCGCUCAGUCCUUCAGCAGAUUGCUGAAGAUUAUUCCCAUAGCGAGUUUGUAAUCCGUCUACCUGGGUACUGCCCAAUGCCUGCAUUUCGUGGUGUUAUUGAUGUACCCCUUGUCGUGAGGAGAUUACACAAAUCUAGAGAAGAGGUGAGGAAAGAUCUUGGAGUUCCGGAUGAUGUGAAGCUAGUAAUUUUUAAUUUUGGUGGGCAGCCAGCUGGUUGGAAGUUGAAGGAGGAGUACUUACCUGCUGGUUGGUUGUGCCUGGUUUGUGGGGCUUCAGACAAUCGGGAGCUUCCCCCUAAUUUCAUAAAGCUUGCAAAAGAUGUUUAUACGCCUGACCUAAUAGCAGCUUCAGAUUGCAUGCUUGGAAAGAUUGGAUAUGGCACAGUCAGUGAAGCCAUGGCAUACAAGGUGCCAUUUAUCUUCAUACGCCGAGAUUAUUUUAAUGAAGAACCGUAUUUGAGAGAAAUGCUUGAGUAUUACCAAGGUGGUGUGGAGAUGGCCAGAAGAGAUAUGCUCAGUGGAUGUUGGAUACCCUACCUUGAACGUGCUGUUAACUUGAAACCGUGCUAUGAGGGAGGUACCAAUGGUGGUGAGAAAUAAGGAGGCUAGUGUGGCUGAGCUUAUGAAGUCCUCCAAUGGAGUCCUUUUUUGUGAUGUGAGCUUCUUUAGGGGUGUGCAUGUUUGGGAAUUAGAGGCUAUGUCAAGCUUCAUGGAAUCCAUAUAUGGUUCUUCAAUAAGGGGGUUUGGUGAGGAUAAGAUGUGUUGGAUACCUAGCAAAGAUAAGGGGUUCAUGGUGAAUGAUUAUUAUAGAAUUUUAGUUGGCCCUACUAUCUACGGUUUUCCUUGGAGGAGUAUUUGGAAGCAGAAGAUUCCCUUUAGAGUAGCUUUCUUUGUAUGGACUGCUGCCUUAGGGAAAUGCUUGACGAUUGAUAAUUUACAAAAAAGGAAGGUGUGGAUAUUGGAUUGGUGCUACAUGUGCAAGAGUAAUGGUGAAUCAAUUGACCGUCUCUUCCUUCACUAUCCCGUUGCUUUGGAUCUAUGGUCUAUGGUUUUGGGUUUAUUUGGAGUAACUUGUGUUAUGCCGCAUGCUGUUUUGGGGCUGUUAGGGUGUUGGCAAGGUAGUUUUGGUUGUCAUCGAAAUGGUUAUAUAUGGUCCAUUGUUCCUCAUUGCUUAAUGUGAUGUCUUUGGAGGGAGAGAAAUAGUAGAUGCUUUGAAGAUAUUGAGAGAUCUAUUCCGGACCUCAAGCUAUUCUUUUUUAGAACUUUAUUGUGUUGGUUGUUUGCUUUGCAAAAACAAUCAUUCCCUUCUUUUAUUGAUUUCCUAGAUUCUUGCAAUUUUUGUAUUUGAUUUGUUGACUCCUUGUACACUCCCCGUGUACUAGGGUCUUCCUUUUUGAUAUCAAUAAAACUUUUUACUUAUCAAAAAAAAAAGAAAAGAAGUUUGCCACAUCAAUAAUUGCCUUCACUCUGUAACAAAAAGGCAGGAUAAGAGUAAUAUUCAUGCGUUUUCAAAUUUUCAACAAGUAAACUGAAACAAUUAAUAGUGUUCAAAGAUGAAAAAUGAAACCUAACAUAGUUAAGAGACAAAAUUGUAUUCUAACCUAAGUAUUUGUUGUCUUUUUAGCUGGCUGCUCAUAUACUACAAGAUACAGCUGUUGGAAAGAAUUGUGUUAGAUAAG